AUGAGGGAUGAGUUGAAAGACAACUUUGGCAUCGAGGCAACUAACAAACACUUAUGGAAAGCGAGACGGAAGGCAAAAGGAGAUGUUGGUGGUGGUUAUGUACACUCCUAUGCAAUUUUAAGGAGAUAUGUUGUUAUGAUUCAUCGCACUAUCCCUAGGAGUGCUGCUAUUGUACAAAGUCAACUUGUGCCUAUCAAUAUAGAUGAUGGUGAGAUUGUAAAAGCCCCAAGAAUGCAGCCACAAUUCAAGAGAAUUUUCGUCUGCUAUGAACGGGUCAAAAAUGGCUUCUUAGCCGGAAGUAGACCAUUUUUUGGAUUAGAUGGAUGUCAUCUAAAAGGGCCAUACAAAGGCAUUUUUUUGGCUGCUGUGGGGGUUGAUGCAAACCUCCACUUCUACCCCCUUGCUUAUGCAAUAGUUGAAGGACUAAUUGAGGUUGUGGCUGCUAUACCAGAGGCAGAACACCGAUAUUGUUGUUUUCAUAUUGAGAACAACAUGAUAAAAAAGUUUGGAACAUCACAACUAAGGGGUCUGUUUUGGGCAGCAGCUGAGACAGCAAAUUUCAACACUUUCAAGCACAUUAUGGACAUGAUAAAAGAAUUCAACUCAGAGGCACAUGAGUGGUUAUCAAAUAUUGAUUUCAAUCAUUGGACUUUGAGCAAGUUUGUCACUAGAGCAAAGGUAGAACACAUUACCAACAAUUUCGUUGAGUCAUUCAAUGAUUGGAUAGAGGAGCAUCGUUACAAGCCUCCAGUGGAUCUGUUGGAAGGGCUAAGAAUGCAACAAUCAGCCAUGAUGUAUGCUAGGAAAAAGACUGCAGAAAGAUGGGAGCACAAGCUCACUCCAAAGGUCCAUCAAAAGGUACACGAACUACUCAAGAAAGGUCGACGAGCACACGUAACAAGGGUUGGUGAAGAAGAAUUUCAGGUUGAUUAUGACAAGAAAAUUUGUAUUGUAAGAUUAAAUGAAUGGUACUGCAUUUGUGGGCAAUGGCAUGUCAGAGGAAUACCGUGCAUACACGCAGCUGCUUGUAUAAGCAAAAUUAGGGCCAACAUAGAAGAUUAUUGCUCACCAUACUUCACCACUGAAAUGUGGAGGAAGACUUUCCAGGGUGUAAUUCAUCCCAUAGCUGAUGAAUCUAUAUGGCCUGAGUUUGAUGAUGAAGAACUAUUGCCUCCUGUCAUAAAGGUGCAACCAGGAAGAACCAAAAAACAUCGCAGAAGAAGAGUUCCUGGAGAGGAGAGACCAUUACCAUCAAUGAUAGAAAACCAGCCACAGAGACAUGUUUCUAGCAGCAAAAAGUGUAAGAAUUGUCAUGAGUUUGGGCAUAACAAGAGGACUUGCAAGAAUCCGAGCAUCAUAUCACAAAAUCAACCGCCUGAAGGCUCUGCUCAAGCACAAGUACCACUUGAAGGCUCAUCUCAAGCACAAGUACCACCACCAACAGGCAGGGGCUGUGGAAAGACAAGUGCUCGAGGCAAAAAAGAUGCACCAACAACAAAAAGCAAAGGCAGAGAUCGAGGUCGAGGUUCAAGUUGGGAGCUUAGAUGCAUCUCUUGAGGAGAUGCACUUGUCUGGAGCACCAUUAGAUAUUUUCUUAACUCAGGAUACUUAGUGGAAUCACAACCACAACAAAAACUUUGGAAGAACAUUAUAUAUUUUGUCUUAGGUUAUAUAUGCCUUCUUUUGUUCAUUUUGUAUGGCAUAAACCAUAGAUAAUUGUGUUGGAUUUAUUUUGUGCUGACUUUAAUUUGUACAUGU